AUGGCGCCUACUCCCUACAUCUGCUUCAAUUGCAGGGCUACGUCCAGGCGCGGAUUGACCCGUGCACCCCUGAGCCGGUAUUUCUCAUCGGCUCCGCCUAAUCGACAGCAAGUGGUGCGACCCGCGACAGCUCCGAAACCCACCCCGGACGUCAAGCACAUCCGCCAGAAUGUAGACCUCUACGCAAAGAACUGCGUCGAACGCAACUACGCAUCGCAUGCCGAGUACCCGUCGCGCAUCCAAACCCUCUCCGAGGAGGCACGCGAGCUGGAUCUCGGCCUGAAGGCGCCCAGAACUCAGAUCAAGCAACUGGAGAAGACGAUCGCGCAGAUGUUCAUGGCUGCGCGACACGAUGGAAACAAGGCUGAGAACUCAACCGAGAAAAAAAUAGAGGAGCUCCGCUCAGAAGCACAGCGGUUGAAAGACGAGUCGCAUGCAAUGACAGCUCGCAAAACAGCCUGCGCCGAAGAGAUCAGUCGCCUCGCCCUCUCCCUCCCGAAUCUCUCCUCCCCCGAAACCCCAAUCGGCGACAACCCUCGCCUCGUCAAAUACCUCAAUUUUGACCCGCAAGCACCACCGCCAUGGACCGGUCAAUCGCCAACAGAGCUCCAGGCGCGGUCACACGUCACCAUCGGGACAGACCUGAAACUCAUUGACUUUGCAAGCUCGGCCACAACAACGGGGUGGGGAUGGUACUUCCUGAUCAACGAAGGAGCGAUGCUGGAACAAGCGCUGGUCCAGUAUGCGCUCAGCGUAGCCCGUCGACGCGGGUGGAAGGUCGUUGCACCGCCGUCGAUCGUCUACUCCCACAUCGCCGAAGCGUGCGGAUUCCAGCCGCGCGACCAGCACAACGAGCAGCAGAUCUGGUCAAUCGAGCAGAGCGAGCGAGACCGCCACAUUAAGCCGCCUCGUUCUCUGACUGGCACGGCGGAGAUCCCGCUCGCGGCUAUGUACGCCGGGCGCGACAUUGACGCCGCCGAGCUGCCAGUCAAGCUCGUCGGGGCAAGCCGGUGCUACCGCGCCGAAGCGGGCUCGCGCGGCGUCGACACGAAGGGUCUGUACCGCGUGCACGAGUUUACCAAGGUGGAACUGUUCGGCUGGGCCGAUAAUCCCGCCUCCACUGCAGGCGACGCGCCUACACCACCAUCUGACGCCCUCUUCACCGAGCUGCUAUACAUCCAAACCGAGAUUCUCUCCUCGCUGCACCUCCCCUGCCGCGUGCUGGAAAUGCCAACCACAGACCUAGGCGCCAGUGCCAGCCGCAAACGCGACAUCGAGGCGCUCUUCCCAUCGCGUCUCCGUCCUUCAGCUUCGCCUUCGGAUCCCACCCCCAGCCUAGAUGUCGGGGGCCUGGAGUCCGCCUGGGGCGAAGUCACCUCCGCCUCCAUCUGCACGGACUACCAGAGCCGACGGCUGGCGACACGCGUGCGCGGCGGUGCGGCGAAGGAGUCGCGGUUCCCGCAUACGGUGAAUGGUACGGCGAUGGCUGUCCCGCGCGUGUUGGCGGCCAUUCUGGAGAAUGGAUGGGACGCGGAGCGUGGGGUUGUCGUUAUCCCUGAGGUGUUGAGGCCGUGGAUGGAUGGGAUGGAGACGAUUGGUGGGCGUUGA